AUGAAGUUCAUGCCUAAUCGCGAUCUCGAUAUCGUUACCUCCGCGCUCAAUUUCUCUACCCCUGAUCUGCAUAUAGUUGGAGGAUGCGAUCUCUAUACUACAAAAGCCGCCGGAGGCGACAAGAAGCUCUACAAGAACAUUGAAAAUGGACUGGAAGCGCAAUACCAGGCGAAGCUUAACCUGUCGUAUUCUCUCUCACCGCCGCAAGCCAAGCUCAUGGCUCCGAGCCUGAAUCUCAGCCGCAGCAGUCCAUUCGGAAAUCUAGACAAGAUAAGCUCCAGAAGAACGUACGCAUACCUAAUAGCGACGCUCAACGCGAGCCAUCCGGACUACGAUUUCUCGCAUACGCUGCGGCCAACCGACUUCAAGAGAGAGAAGAGUCUGCGCGCGGUGAUAAACAACAUCGACUCUACACUGUACAACCUGCGACCUCGACCAAUGAACUCGUAUCUGGUCCCUGGACUGAAGCCCGGAUCUGUUGCACCGCCUCCGGGGCAGAUGGGCUGGGGCCCCGCAAUGUGGGGCCUGAUUGAUCAACAGAUGAGUUUGAAGGAGUGCAACAUCUAUCGUUACGCACCCGAUCUCGACCCGUUCGAGGACGACGAAGAUGGCACAAUAUGGUCUGUGAACUAUUUCUUCUUCAACAAAGCUCGCAAGCGCGUGUGCUACUUGUAUCUCCGAGGCAUCAGUGCUCUUACACAUGACGACAAAGACGGCCUGAUGACGCCAAUCAAGACGAAAAGACUCGCAGAUGAUGAAAGUGACGGUUGGUUAACCCCCGAUCUCGGCGCACGAAAGCGAGCACGUUACUGGCUAGGCAAUCGCGAUGGCGUUGAAGUCGCCGACCCCGAUUAUGAACCCGGGACUGCGGUCCUCGGCGCCCCAAUUGGUGUACCCACCACGUCUGAGGAAAGAAGUGACGAAGAGAUAUUCGGUCCGCCGCCGAGACCGGUCGUUGAUGAGAACCACAAUUACCUUCUGAGUGACGAAGAGACGCGUAGCGUGCGGAGCGUGAGCAAGUCGACGAUGCGAGGCACGAGUGAGGAGGUUGUUGGUCCCAUGGAAUUGGGAGUUUAA